CAACAUACCCAAAAGAAAAGGAUGGCUCUCCGACUCACCACUCAGCGCCUUCCAGGCAUGCUCGCUCGCCCCGCGGUCGCUCGCGUCGCUGCCACUGCUGUCCGUCACAACUCUACCCCCGCUCGCCCUGAGCCCUCCAAGCAGGCUGCUGCCAUUAUCGAUGCCCUCCCCGGAAACUCCAUCCUCAGCAAGACCGGUAUUUUGACUGCCGCUACCGCUGUCUCCGCCCUCCUCGUCUCCAACGAGUUCUACGUCGUCAACGAGGAGACUGUUGUCGCCAUCUCCUUCCUCGGAUCCAUUGCUAUGAUCGCUAAGCUCGGUGGCCCCGCUUACUCUGAGUGGGCCCAGGAGAAGAUCAACCGCAUCAAGAGCGUUCUCGUUGCUGCCCGCGAGGAGCACGUCAACGCCGUCCGUGAGCGCAUCGAGUCCGUCGGCAACAUGAAGGACGUCGUUGAGUCCACCAAGGGUCUCUUCGCUGUUUCCAAGGAGACCGCUCAGUUGGAGGCUAAGGCUUUCGAGCUCGAGCAGAGGGUUGCUUUCGCUUCCGAGGCCAAGUCCGUUCUUGACUCUUGGGUUCGUUACGAGACUUCCGUUCGUCAGCGUGAGCAGAGGCAGUUGGCGGACAGCAUCAUUGCUAAGAUCCAGAAGGAGCUCGGUAACCCCAAGUUCCAGCAGCAGUUGUUGGCUCAGAGCGUUGCUGAGGUUGAGAAGAUUGUCUCCGGCAAGCAGUAA